AUGCCCAUGCUGCGAGAAGACGACGCAGGCCAGCAAGAUGCUGUGCCAGAUGUGCCGGAUCAUGUCGAAGAUAAUUUCGCCAGAAUAAUUCCUCCACAGUUGCAACCGGGUCUUCCAAGGUCAUUGAGCAGGAAAUUGUCAGAAGAAAGUAUCAGAACCGAGUUGUGUGAGGGGCCUAUACCGGAUAGCCCUCCCGUCCCUUUCAAGUCGACCACGCCUGAGCCACCAUCACAUGCCGUCUCUGACCGCGCCGAGUUGAUUGAACGCAUCAAGAGAGGGGAAAGCCCUACCUGGGUGCCAAAUCGUCAUCUGGGAUCGUUGUUCCAGCAAGACAAUAUCUCGCUGCCGCCUCGAACACCGCCACCACCACCUGCGUCCAUGUCCCCGGGCCUACUACCUCCCCCUACCAUAACACCCGAGAAAAAGGAUAGGGAUGUGAUCGGGCUGCAACCUGAUGCUCAACUUCAGGAAGGACUAAAUAUCGAAAGACCACGAUCCGCGCUCCAUAGCGGCAAUUUCACACCGCAAGAGCUGUCUCCUGGUGAGGUAGAGAAGGAAGCGAGGCACAGUCAUCACAACCCCUUUCAACCGCCCAGCAGUGCUCCAUGGAUUGCGACCUCACCACCAAGAGACUUUCAUCCCUUUGGUUACGGGAAUGCAGCGACAAGCCACCGCAAGGAUGCGUUCGACUACCGCAAGGAGGCCUUCGGUACACCGGGAACACCUUCACUUAGCUCAUCUCUUUCAUCAAGCUUUGUCUACAAGCCACCAACGAGUCCGCUUGUUCAGUCAGAGAUCAACGAGGAAAUCGACUUGGCGUUACCCUUGAAUAGUAUCAAUAUUGCUUCGAGUAGUCCCCGGGUGAGCCCACGAAGGCACACACUCAACUUCGGGCCACCCUCCUUCAACAAUGUGGCUGGCCAAAGACAAGUGCCCCAACGUCGUGAGGGCAAUCACCCAUAUCAAGCCCACCAACCUCGACGAUCUCUGAACUCAACUCCUGUAUUUUCCUUUGCCGGCUCACCACCACCACCACCACCCACCCCUUGGAGUGCAAGACGACCGUCGGUGGGCUCAGAGGCAUCCCCUCUCCAUCACGCCUCCCUAGUCGGAUCCUACGAGGAGAGCAUCCUCCGAGGUCGCAUGUCAACCACCCCCUCCAAACCUCUAGAAUUCAUGGCCCAAAUCGGAGUUCUCGGUCUAGGAAAAUGCAAGUCCAGCCUCCGCUGCCCACCACAUGUCACCCUCCCCUUCUCGGCCGUCUUUUACAGUUACGCCAGCACCUCCCAUGGCAGAAGCAAAAUAGACGAUGGCCCAAGUCCAUACGUAGGGAAUAUCGAUCUCGAGAAUGGACUCACCAACCCCGACGAUGGCCAACGAGCAAAGAGGAAACUCCAGUCACGAUACCCCGAGCGGAGGGUCACAGCAGCAGAAGAUGAUGAUGACGAAACCGGCGACCACCUCUCCGACAGUAGCAAACACCCAACCAACCACAACAACAACAACAGCAAGAAACGCCGCUCCCGCUCCCCCAAAUCACCCCCCGGAGGUCGGUACCGCAUCCCAGAAAAGGGACAACUCCAAAUCAUCAUCAAGAACCAAAACAAAACGGCAGUCAAGCUCUUUCUUGUACCUUACGACCUUGCGGGGAUGGAGCCAGGGACGAAAACUUUUGUCAGGCAGAGGAGUUACUCGGCCGGUCCGAUACUGGAGACUAAAGUCCCUGAUAUCAAACCUGUCGUCGACGCCAACACGUUGGGUAGUGACAGGGCGACGCUUCGUUAUUUGGUUCACUUGCAUAUUUGCUGCCCGGCAAAGGGAAGGUAUUACUUGUAUAAAUCGAUCAGGGUUGUGUUUGCCAAUAGAGUUCCCGAUGGGAAGGAGAAGCUCAGGAAUGAGAUUACGCAUCCCGAUCCGAGGUUCUCGCCUUAUAAGCCGGUGAGGGUGAUGGGUCCUUCUCCGGUGGUGGGUGGGGGUCAGGGUGAGAGGUGGAGGAGUGUUGGGUUUGCUUUGCAACAACAACAACAACAACAACAACAACAACAAGUGGCUUUCGGCGCUUCUGGGAGUCUGCCGAGGGGGUUUCAACAGCCAUUGCAACAAACACCGGAGAGAGGUGGUGAUAAUACGGAGGAGGGUGUAUCGCCUAUGUCGGGGGUGCAAAUGACUAGUUUGGCUGCGGCGAGUUAUGAUAAACUCAGCAAGGGAGAUGUUGGUUAUGGCGGGAACACCACUGUGGGAAGCACGCCGUCGGCGGGACUGCUGUCUCAAAGGCUGAGGUCGCUCGGGGAGCAAGAUAGACGGCCGUUUCAGCAGCCGGAUUCGGAGUUGGCAUGA